AUGGCUGUGGUUACGGAUGACGAUGUACCGAAACCAACCGUGCAUUCCGAGACUCCUUACGAAAGCCACGAGUCGAGCUUAACGCAAGACGCCUCAGUUCCUCCGGUAUUAUCGCUAGGCAUGGCUCAAUUGGGCCAUACUGGGGGUGUCGUUGAGGACUCCAUAGUACCGUUCCCGGACCAGGACUUUCAGGAGUUAUGGAACGCAGACCACGACGGCGAUGGUCUCGACGAGUUGAUCGAUGACAAGAACCAUGUGCGCGACCAGCACGCCGUCCCCCCCAACGGUGUCUUAAAGUCCGAGUACAACACCCCGCUUAAUACUGCGAACGAGAGUAUCAGCAUGGACGCUACUCGCCCCUAUUACAACGAGCCUAGCAUCCAAUACGACGCGGUUAUCAACCAGUCGGGCCUCGGCUUCUUCUCUGCCGUUCCAACUCCGAAUCUCCCAACUCCGAUGUUUCCCGUGGACGAACUGGAUUUGACCGCAGUGGACAUCAACCCCAUCUCCGAUCCUCGCUCUUCACGCACCAACCCUGGGCUUGCCGCCAAACUCGCUGCCCUCCUUACGGAGAUGUCCCUCUACGAGAACCGUAUCUCUCAGUUCAAGCUCUCGGAAGCCCCUCAGGACUUGGACGGGUAUCCCAUCGGGGAUGCCAUCUUCCUAUCGCAGCGGUUCUGCCGCGUCAUCGCUGAGUCCACCCCGGAACUGGACCAGCAACCACCUUUUUUUUCCCCUUCUCGUUCCUCCUCUUUGUCAUCAUCAUCAUCAUCAUCAUCAUCAUUACCUCCCUUUCCACAUGCACUCUUCCCCUUGGACCUAGCCCUCCCCACCCUCAACUGCUAUCUCACCCUCUCCCGCAUUUACACCACCAUCCUCACCUUUCUCCACGCUCAGCUAUCCCGUAUCCAGCAUCCGGUGCUAGACCCGACAGGGCAUGAGUCCAUGCACGUACACAUUUCCUCACCACCGCACGGCCCAACAGGCCCUCACCAUCCAUACCCAUAUUACUGUGGGCAGUGUUUCGCCGAGCUGGGUGACCUGCGGUGUUUCUGCAGUAGCAGUAGCAGCAACAGCGGCAGCCGGGGCGGUACGUGGGACCCUCUAGUGCUAGUAUCACGGGUGCGUAUCGCCGUUGCGUUGUUGCUGGGGGACCUGGAGGCUGUUGAGUCGGCGGUGGGGUUACCGUGGGAUAUGAGGGUUGUUGGUCAUGGUGGUAAUGGCGCGGUGGACGAGAGGAGGAGCACUAACAUUGUGAAAAUGAGAGACAGUAGAUGGGAUGAUGGUGGGGAAGAUGGAAAGGGGAGGGGGGUAUGGCUGUUCGAGGAGGACGGGUGUUUGCGUCGAGCGAUGAGGGAACAAGCGGUGGAGUUGGGGGUUAUGGUCGAGGAGGUGUGUUGGUUGUUGGGGCGGCUUUUGUGA